GGAUUCUCGCUAUUCCUCUCAUUCAUGAUAGAUAAGCUACACCAUUACAUAAGGGAAUUACGCUUACUCAGGAAAACUAUGGAGGCUGCAAAGAAACAGAACCGAGGUUUUGAGGAUAGUAAGAAUGGCAGUGCAGAUGAGCUCAAAGCCGUUGGUGAGGAGAUUUCCACAUUGAAGACAAAGAUCAAGAAGCUGGAAUCUGAAUGUGAGACAAAAGACAAAGAGGUGAAGGCUGCUGAAUCCAAUUCACUGGCUUUUAAAAAUCAAUCUGCAGGAUUCCUUCUUGAAUAUGACCACUUGCUGGAGGAGAAUCAAAACCUUCGAAAUCAGUUGCAGUCAAUUGACCAGAGCCUUCCCCAUUCUGAUGGCAAAAAGAAUAUGUAAGGUAACAGAAACCCCCUGUGGCGAGGUGAUUAAUUUAUCGUUUUGAUAGAAUCUUACGAUUAGGGACUAGGGCCUUUUAGUUACUGGCUUUACAGUAAGAACACAUCCGUUUAGAAAAGUGAGUUGUGAAUGAGGCAUAAAGGUUUCUGGGUAAAAUGUUAUUUUCAAGUGAUAGAAACUGCUUGCAGUAAUCAAUGUAUUAGUAAUUUAUUGGCUGCUUUUCUAGUAUGAUCUUUUGCACAUCCAAAUACAGAUUUGGUUGUUAUCCUUGGGAGUGGUUAGUAUGGUCUAAAGUGGAGGUGUUUUGUCAGAAAUUGGAUUAUUAGACCAGAAGAUGUCUUGGAUAAGAUCGUUUUUUGUUUGAGUUUUGAAGUGUAUGUUAUAUCUACUUCUUGGGGCAUUGAAUUCUUUCGAUUCCUAAAUGCACCGAAUUCAA